UACAGAGAAAACUUAACCAAAGAAGGAAAGGAAAGGAAUCGAGAGGAAGGAGAAGAUGUCGUGGCAAACGUAUGUAGACGAGCACUUGAUGUGUGAAAUCGAAGGCAACACUCUCUCUGCCGCCGCCAUCAUCGGCCAAGACGGCAGCGUUUGGGCCCAGAGGUCCAAUUUCCCUCAGUUCAAGCCAGAAGAAAUCACUGCCAUCAUGAAUGACUUUGCUGAACCAGGAUCACUUGCCCCGACCGGAUUGUACCUUGGUGGCACAAAAUACAUGGUGAUCCAAGGUGAACCUGGAGCUGUCAUUCGAGGGAAAAAGGGGCCUGGAGGUGUUACUGUUAAAAAGACCAACCUAGCCUUGAUCAUCGGGAUCUAUGAUGAGCCAAUGACUCCGGCCCAGUGCAACAUGAUUGUUGAAAGGCUCGGUGAUUUUCUCAUUGACGAGGGUCUUUAAUUUAUUUGUUGUGCCUUAAUGGUUGCAUUUCUUCUUGGCUUCCUUUUCUAUACGAAAAUGCAUCUGCCACCUCUUGUAGUAAUGGUUUGACUCAGCUAAAAUAACAGUAUUUACUAGAGUAUUGAAAGUCACGAGGAACCUUUUUUCC